CCAGCUGCUGGCCCAGUCGCCUCUCCCAUGGGGGAGUCCAGCUUCCACUGCCACCCGUCCCCCGAGGGCUGUUGCCUGGAGCUCCACGAAACCAUCGCCAUCCUGGUAGCUUUGAUCGUCCUGGUGCAUCUGGCGCUGAAGCUGGCCGCAGCGGCCUGCUAUUAUUUCUGCUGCCUGCUUGGGACACUCAUUGGAACAAUCUGUGCAAAAGAACCGGAGACGUCAAAGGUGUGCGCCACCCCCAAGACGAGGAGAACCCAGUCCCGACGGCUGGCGGCGCAGUGCUCCGACCUGAACCUCCCUCGCCGGCGCCGGCGAGAAAGCUGUUCGCCGCACCGCCGCUGCCUCCACUGCACCUUGGAGCCACUAAAGGUCACCAUGAACCUGCAGAACGAUCCUUUCCCCUGCAGAGAGCACCGCCUUGGCCGCCGCCCCUGCCCUGACUACCCACCGUGCCACACCCUGCGGUGCUGCACCUGCGACUGCGACCCCCGGCAGCGCCCGCGCACGUCCUCGGCGCCCUCCCGCGUCACCCGCUGCCGGGACGUCGCCUGCGGCUCCUCCGACCCCAUGCUGGCCUCCACUGGCGGCAACGAGCACCGGAACAACAUAGCGGCCAACCCCGAUUACUUCUCGAGGUUGCCGUCGAACGACAACCAGUACCGCUCCGCGCCGGAGGCCGAAUACCCCGGAACGCCGGGGCGCAGGCCUACCAAAGUCUACAUCUAUCCGGUGCACCCCCAAACGCCGCCGGUGAGCCGGUCGGGCAGCCCCGAGAGAAGCUACCGGCGGCGAGGGACAGUCGUGACCACGCCAGAAGAGCAGCCGGUCGAGUACGAGCCUCGGGAAUCCUCCCGACGGAAGUCGCGCGGCGAUCCAGAGCAGCUGCUCAACCCCCCGCUGUCGCCGCCGGCGCCCCGGUUCCACAGCAUGGGCGGCGGCCCUUUGCCAGGGACGGCGUCAACGGAGACCCCCAGCGCCAAACCACGGUAUUCCUGGCCUGAGCCAGCCGCCGUCUCAGACUGGGUGUACCGCCCAGUGAAACAGUAG